AUGUUUAUAUUCAGAUCUUACAAUUUAGAUUUUCGCUAUUUCAACAGAAUCCCUGCAGUAGCAGUAGCAGCCCUUAACGGAACUUGUCAAGUUGGCUUUACCAGCAAAGGAUUUCGAUGUGUCUGUGUUCACGGAUUUGUUGGAGAAAACUGCGGUGGUACUAUGAAACUCUUUUUUGAAUUGUACUUAUUUCCUAUUGUACAUUAAUGAAAAGACAUAGUUUGCCCUUGCAGAAGUUAUGAGAGACGUCAGACAGAAAUACCAUUAGCAAACGCAAAGUGCACCGUCGCGGGUACUGGAACGACAUGUGCUUUUUUAAUCUGCUUAUCACGUUUCCUGUCUUUCUCUCAGAAAUAGAGUUAAAUGGGGAUUGACAGAACUAGUCGUUGUUUUACUCAACCUACGAUAGAUUACAACGAAGAAAAAAUUUAAACUUUUUAAGGAUGUAUACCAUCAACAACAUGGUGACUUUCUUGGAAAAAAUCUUUGUCAAAGAUCCUGUAUUUACGGCUGCACUCAUAUUUAUGACGAACUGUGGCAUAAUUGAUUCUUCAAAGUAACAGUGCUAAAAAAAUUGUUCUAAAAUUUUUCUCAGCACUCCAAUCACUUUACUUUUUAUAUCGAUUGUGAUGGAGAAGAUAGUUUUUAAUUAUCAAAACAACAUUGCUGUAAUUCAUCGUGAGGCUCCCUUCAGCAAGUCUUUUAAAGAAACUUUUGAUGAAACAUUUGCCCUUCUUUAUCACCACAGUGCCACCAAAGUCCUGCAGCCAUUUAUAAAAGCUCCAUCGUGAAGCAAAAAGUGGACUAUAUAUGAUUGAUUCAGACAGUGAACGUGAAUUGCUGCCUCAUAAGGUCAUGUGUAACAUGACUGACAAAAACGGAGUUGGCGUGACUGUCAUAAGUCACGACAGCGAAAACAGAACACUGGUGAAAGGAUGUGAAGAUGCAGGGUGUUACUCGCGCAACAUUAACCAUACAGGAGCGAGCCUCUUUCAGCUUAAAAGUCUGACUGCUUUUUCCCUUCACUGCGAGCAGUUCGUUAUGUACGAGUGCUACCACUCCAGAAUGAAGGGGUUCGUGAUUCGAAGAAAAUGACCUACUGACUAAGACUAUUAAGACUAUCAACCGCCAUCUGGUUAAUUAGCUCACGUGGAUGAGCGCCGAACUACUGUGCAGGAGGUCGGGGUUCAAGACCCAGGCCAGACCCACACUCAGGGUUUUAAAAUAACUGAGGAGAAUGUGCUGCCUUUGCAAUGAUGUCUGCAAGCGGUUAGGCAUUCUAGUCUUCUCGGAUAAGAACGAAAAGCCGUAGGCCCCAUCUCUUGCAUCUUCUUCUAACUACUAGUUAGAAGGGAGAAGUUUAAGAAACCACACACUUAUCGCAAAGAGUAGGGAACGUAGUUCCUGGUGUUGUAGUCUGCCCUAGAAGGAACCUGACCGAAUCCGAGCAUAUAAGCCUUGUAGAGAGGGAAUGCUCGUAAUAUGGUAAAUAUGGUAAUAAAUAUGGUAAAUCCAUUGGUAAAUCUAUUUAAGGAACAGCAUAUUCCACAAGGUUUUAUUUCACUUACAUAUCCUGAUUUACAAACUUUCUAUGUGUUAUCCUAACAUCCCACGCGGGUCUAUUACGUUUUAAACCCAAGGAAAUGUGUUUUAUUGCUCCUAAGUCACAACUGUGAACGGGGUUGAGCAAAGGGGAAAAAAAAAAUCAUGUCUCAGCGUUUUUUUGGAGUUGGACACUGAUCCUAAGAAGACCUGUCAAGAAGCGUGUGAAAACAAUCAGUGUUUGAAAGAAAUUGAACAACCGGCGCGAAGAACAAAGUAAAGGGAGGCUACUGAAAAACCAAAAUCACUCCUUUAUCUCCAGUAAUUCACAGAGCAGAAGAGCGACUCUAGUCUCACCAUCAUGCUUUAGGGGAAAGCGUUUCUCCCAUGAUCCUUUUGUAAGUGGUCGCUCUCGCUUAUGAGUUGGCCAUGUUGCUUUAUGCGAUGAACUCUAGUUGGAAGUUUGACUGCUGUUGACGCAUUACAAUGUCACUCAUGAUAAGUCCUCAUAUAUAUUAGUUAGCCAGUCUCCCAUUCGACAGUUCCACCCAGCUUGACAAAUAUUGACGGUGUACCGCUUUCAUGGUUCCCGAGUGGAACUUGAUUGACGCUUAAUUAAUCAAUGGAUAUUUUAGUCUGCAGUGCUUGACUACCAUAAUUUUGCAGCACAAAAUAAGGUAACAGCGUAACGAGGAUGCAUAGUAUGCGAUGCAGAUUUUUCAAUUCUGGAAUAUCUUCCUGCUGGAAGAAUUUAGAAUGAAGUAGGCAUUCUCGAAGCUUAACUACUGAUGACCAAAUUGCGUAAUGAUUACCUCUCCAAAUAAGAAUGUAUGCAAACUGAAAACAGAUGGAUUAUGAUAAUAUUUGCAUCAAACUGGGGUAAAACUGCUGCUAUCUGCCCCUUUAUGGAGGGCAUUGAAGUCCAAUUUUCGAAAAUAAUUUAACUAUUUUGAGUGCUUUCUAGCUCGAUAAUUUUUUCUGGUGAUACAAGUAAAUACUAAGUCGUGUGAGACCUUUUUCGGUGUUUUUCUCUUCAAUAUUCUGUCAAUUAUAUAUGCCUGUGGGCGGACAACAGACAGGUGGCACUGUUUUGGCUAAACAUGGACAUUUGUAUUCAUUUUCAGAAAAAUCUAUUUGUUAUGAUCAUGAGUCUUAAUAGUCUUAAUAGCAUUUGGGUCAAAUUAUUAAGCGCGCUCCUCUUUUAGUUCGUGUUUUUAUUUCUACCUACCUUCCUUCCUGAAAUCUCUAUAGGGUAGUUUUUUUGUAUUUUGACGCAUAAAGUUAAAUAAAUUGCAUCCACAUAAGGCGCGAACACGAGUACCUUACCACCAUAAGUUACAAAGUUUGAAUAAGAGAAUUUUGCAGACGAUGCCUAUUCAUAGGGUAGUUUUUUUAUAUAUUUUGACGCAUGAAGUUAAAUUAAUUGCAUCCACAAGAGACGAGAACACGGGUGCCUUACCACCAUAAGUUACAAAGUUUGAUUAAGAGAAUUGUACAGACGAUGUCCUGCUUUUUAUCCCCUUCUGGGUAUUUGCAGAAAUAACCCUCACGCUCAUUCACUCUCGUUGUCCACCGAACCAAUAAAAAGAUGAUAGUCUCCUUAUAUAUCGAAUACACAAAUUAGUACCUGCCUCUAACUCCCUCCUCUGCAUAAAUUAUAACCGAUGAUUAAAUUCUUGUAAAUAUAAACUCUUCAAAAGGCAGCGAGGAGUUCCAAUAAAGUGAGAGGCUGUAGAAUAAACUAACUGGAGCCUUCAGGCUCGGCUUAAUCUAGAUAUUAUUCAUUCUAGAAAUAAUACAUAAAUCGAGAGUAAUUAAUAAAAAGGUAAUUAAUAAAAGUCCUGUAAGUUUAAUGGACAUAAAACUUGAACUCCUCAGUAGAAAUCGCUCAUAGAAUAAGAGUGCUUUUAAGCUAAUUUAAGGAAUGCUUCUUCUUUUUUCUUUGACUCAAAUUAGAAUCGCCGAAAUAAGUCAUAUUUUAAUUUGAACUUUCAUCCAGUUAUAUCUCAAGAGGUCCAAUAAACAUUCCAUCCCAAUAAUAUUGCACCUGGUGCACUAUUUAGUCCAUCCGGUCUAAAGUGAUAAGUGCUCUGUAUAAACUAGGUGGUAGCAGCAGUGUUUGAACUGUUUUACCGGCGCCCACAAGUGUUAGCACAAGAAUGAACUCCUCGUGUUGUUACAAGAGGGGAGCGAGAACUCUCCCUGUUAUCCUUGGUGUUUUGGUCGGAAUCGAAUUAGCAUCGGUUUUUGCUUGCACUGGUAAGUACAAUUCGUUCGAUAGCUAUGAAUUAAAAACUACACUUCUACAAAUCUAUUUGUAGAGGAUUUUAGAAGAGGUUAAUAGCAUUGGGUCAAAUUAUUGGGCUCGCUCGUCUUUUAGUUCGUGUUUUUAUUUUUACCUGCCUCCCUUUCUGAAAUCUUUUAGGGUAGUUAUUUUUGUACUUUGACGCAUGAAGUUAAAUGAAUUGCAUCCACACAAGGCGAGAACAUGGGUGCCUUACCAUCAUAAGUUACAAAGUUUGGAUAAGAGAAUUGUACAGACGAUGUCCUGCUUUUUAACCCCCUCCUAGGCAUUUGCACGAAUAAUCCUCACAUUCAUUAAUAGCCAUUGUCUACUGAAACUAUAAAAAGAUGAUAGCCUCCUUACGUAUUAAAUGAACAAAUUACUACCAGCCUUAAACAUAAACUCUUCAAAGGCAGCGAGGAGUUCAAAUAAAGUGAGGGGCUGUAGAAUAAAGUAACUAGAGCUUUCGGGCUCGGCUUAAUCUAGAUAUUAUUCAUUCUAGAAAUAAUGCAUUAAUCGAAAAGUAAUCGAUAAAAGUCCUAUAAGUUUAAUGGCCCGAGAACUUGAAUUCCUCAGUAGAAAUCGCUUAUAGAAUAAGAGUAGUUUUAAGCUAAUUUAAAGAAUGCUUCUUCUACUUUCUUUGACUCAAGUUAGAAUCGCCGAAACAAGUCACAUAUUUAAUUUGAACUUUCGUCCAGUUAUCAUCCAAGAGGUCUAGUAAACGUUGCAUCCCAAUAAUGUUGCACCUGGUGCACUAUUAAGUUCAUCCGGUCUAAAGUGAUAAGUGCUAUGUAUAAACUAGGUGGUAGCAACAGUUUUUUAACUGCUUUACCGGCGGCCACAAGUGUUAGCACAAGAAUGAACUCCUCGUGUUAUUUCAAGAGGGGAACGAGAUCUUUCCCUGUUAACCUUAGUAUUUUACUCGGAAUCAGAUUGGCAUCAGUUUUUGCUUGCAAUGGUGAUUUAAAUUCGUUUAAUACGAAUGAAUUCCAAAACCGUGUAGUUUUAAAUAAUUACCUAUAGAGGAUGCGAUGAGGUAUUUGUCAGGGCGUGAGAGAAAUAACUCCUCCUGUGUGUGAUGACUUAAGCCUGGUUUUCACUGGCGACGCGAGCGCGAGCGUAAGUACAAACGUAAGCAGAAGGUUUACGUGCCAAAUUGAAACGAACGUCUACAAGCACUAACAUAAGAUAUAGGAAACAUUUUGAUCCUUACAGUUGUUUAUGCUUGCGAAGAAGCUUGCGUAGAGGCUGUUUUCACGGUGAAAUUUAAGCUGUUAUGCAUGCGUCGCUAGUUUGAACUGUUUUAACGGCGCUCAGUGAAAACUAGGCUGUAAGGGAUUAUGUGCCUCGCAUGAUACAAAAAUUACACUUUUGGUCAUGUAAACAAUAUUUUAACUGAGUUCACUUUAUUUUGUUCGCUCAUCAAGGACGAGUUUGCUUGUUUUGAACAAAUUUUCCUAAUUCAAAAUUCGUCUCUCUUUCCCUCAAUUACCGAGAAAACAAUUAUCAAGAGCAUUUUACAAGAAAAAAAUUAGGCGAAAGAAAAUCCAUCUAUGAUCGAAGUUUUAGAAGAUGAUUUAAAAGUACACGAUAGCUAACUUCUAGGUCAAUUCAAGUUUUUCUUAUCAAACUUGAGACAGUGAAAAGGAACUAAUAUAUCUCCCUGCUUGUAAUUAACAUAAAGUUAAAUGUAUUAUUCAGAGGCUUUGAAUAAUCACGUCUUCUUUCUCUCGAACUCUUACUGAUAUUAAUGUUUUAAACUUCGUUCAUCGCAGGACGACUUCAAAAAGGUUGCGUAGAUCAACUGAUAUUUUUUUUAUCUUAAGAAUGACUCAAUGAAACAAUUUGAAUAGAGGCUCAAAAAUGAAAAAUUUCUCAAUUCAUGUUCACAACCUAUAACAUUUGGCUUUCGACGGUAACCGGUGCUUUCUCUUUCUUACGCAAGUUUCAGCUCUAAGUUAUUGUGAAAACCUCGAACAAAUUAUGUUGCAAAGUAAAAUUUUACUGUGGUCCACAACAGGUGACGAAUGCCGCAUUAUCCUGUUUGAGGAACCGAUAUCAAAUAAGGUGAUUAGUGGUCACACGAUCAAGAGUGAGGAGGUACCUGAUGAAGGAAGCUGCCGUAUGAUGUGCUAUAUGGAGCCUAACUGUGUGUCUAUCAAUGUGAGACUCACGCAAGGCGGAAGAUACAAAUGUGAGUUGAAUAACGCCACAGUUGAUGAAAGUAAACUGACCUUCCUUCAGGAAACGGAUGCUUACUACCUGGCUAUUGAGGUAAAUGCUUCACAAUAGAGCCCCAGAAAUUUAUCAACUUUUGAUGCCCCACUAAAUAAUUUUUGGAUUCCAUUUUUUAAGUGUCAUAAAUCUUUUCUUAUCAGUUCAAUGCUUUCUCUUUUAACAGAAUCCCUGUAGUAGCAGUCCUUGUUUAAAUAACGGAACUUGUCAAGUUGGUUUCACCAGCAAAGGAUUUCGAUGUGUCUGUGUUCACGGAUUUGUUGGAGAAAACUGCAGUGGUACUUUGAAAUUAUUUUUCAAAUUGUACUUAUUUCCGAUUUUAUAUUCAUGAAAAGACAUAGUUUGCUCUUUCGGAAGUUAUGAGAAAAAUCAGACAGAAAUACCACUAGCAUACGUUAAGUGCACCCUCGCGGGUAUUGGAACGACAUAUAAUUUUUUUAAUCUGCCUUAUACUCAUCACGUUUCCUGUCUUUCUCUCGGAAACAGAGUUAAAUGGGGAUUCACAAAACUAAUCGUUGUUUUACUCAACUUGCAGUAGGUUACAACUAAGAAAAUGUAUUAACUUUUUGAGGAUGUAUACCAUCAACAACAUGGUAACGUUCUAGGAAAAAAUCUUUGUCAAAGAUCCUGUAUUUAUAUCUGAUAUGCUGCGCUUCAAAGUAACAGUGCUAAAAAUUUUUGUAACCCACAUUAAGUAAUAUUUUUCGUUUGAAAAUAAAACUCUUCUGAAAUUAACGUAACAUUUCAUUUACAAAUUCAUCUCUCAAUCUCGACAGUAGUGUUCUGGCCAAAGUCUUGCAGCGACUUAAAGAGGGUCUAUCCUAAUACAAAAAGUGGACCGUGUACCAUCUAUCCUGGCGGCGAAGGAGGGCUGCAACCAUAUAACGUCACAUGUGACAUGAUCGACGAGAACGAAAUUGGCGUGACUGUCGUUAGUCACGACAGCGAGAACAGGACGCUGGUGGACGGAUAUGAAGGAAAUGGAUCUUAUUCACGUGACAUACACUACCAAGGAGCGAACAUCUCUCAGCUGGUGAGUCUCAUCAAUGUUUCCAAGCACUGUGAGCAGUUCAUCAAGUACGAGUGCUUCGGUUCUACUUUGAACGAUGGCUUUUGGGUUUCACGUGACUCCGUGGAAAUGAACUAUUGGGGCGGAACAGCUCCUGAUAGUGGUAAGUGCGCAUGCGGAAUGUACAACAACUGCGCAAAUGAAGAAAAAGUUUGUAACUGUAAUAAGAAUGACGGAAAAUGGCGGGAGGACAGUGGCCUCCUCACUGAAAAGACACAUUUACCAGUUAAACAGCUGAGGUUUGGAGAUACGGGUGGUAACGACGAGCAUGGCUACCAUACCUUGGGAAAGUUCAAAUGUUAUGGAAUCGCCUGAUUUGAAAUAAGUAGUAAACAGUAACAUGCUUGGUAACUCCGUAUGGCAUACCUGUAUACUGUGAUCCUAAACAAAUGUCUGAUAUGUCUAUCGACCUUUUAUUACUUACUUUUGCAAUUAGUUUGAAGGCUCAAAAUGGUAAAAAAAAUAUAUGAUAAAUAUAUAUGGUAAACAAGUAACACAUUCUACCCAUUUUGUCAAUGAGGUGCAAAAUUCCAUCUACAAAUGAGCGAACAGCUUAUUAUGCAUGGUGAUUAUGAAGUACUUUGUAAACUUAUCGAGGACGCAAAUUUUUAUGUUUAAUAAAAUGUUUAACACUAAAUUCCUGAUCUACAAGUCAGCUUGUUAGCUUUGAACCAUAGCCAAUUUUUGUUACACCUUGCGUUUUAGUAUUAAGUAUGUCAUAGCUGAUCUUCCGGUAUUAGCCUCGUAGCAAAGUCAAUAUGUACGAUCGAAACACAGUUUUGCAUGGUGUGAAGUUCUUUCGUAAAGAAAAUUCUUCAGAACAAUUCAUACUUCCUGGUGUACAUUGUAAAUGACAGGGUAAUAUGGUAUUAUCAGGUAAGUUGAUAACGUAAAUUGGCCAUCAUAAAGAGUUUGAAAGCUGAUGUUUGGAGCGUCAGCCUUUCGCUCUGACGUAUACAAGGGUGUACCCUACUACACCCUCCCACCGAAGCAGCACCACAGUGUCUUCAUAAACUUAUCCCCUUUAUUCAUUGUGAAUGACAUUUCAUGGAACUGAAUUGUUUGUGAUAACAACUGAUAACAUAACGCUGCAGCAUAUAUAGCAUUUUGUAGUACUGUAAUGUUUCCUCUAAGCUUAACCAGUACGUAUCGUGCAGCAGUGCUUCGUAUACUCCUAGGAAAAAACGUAAUUAUAGCAUGUAUUUUAGAUACCAAGAGAUCAUUAGGGGACCUUUUCAUCUUUUAUAGAUACAAACUCAAGUAGUACUAUGUGUUAACACUUAUGCAGUGUAUGAGUCGUGUCAAAUGAACUCUUCGCCGAAACAUAAUUUCAUGGAAAUCAUAUUUCUUUGCAGGCUUUGGUGAUACAACUGAUUUAUUUCAAUAAAGCAUAAACCAUAAACAGCCUUUACGAUGAUAAGUAAUGUGUACCCAAGUUCAUCAUCAAAAAAUCUUUUUUCUUUGACUAAUGCUCUGCUUCUCAUCUUUCCAAAAGACCACAGGAAAUGGCUAUUUCAAGGAUUUUCUCGUUUGAAGUACAUGUUUGACAGGCGUUUCCCUGUCAAUCGUGAGACCAAAACUACUAGUAAGACUAAUGAUAAAAUAAGGGCAUACCGUAAAUCCUUAGAGUGGCGCCUUUAGUGCCGACCGUGUUUACCCGGUGAUAAUCCACCCUCGAAAAAACGCCAUCUAUGAACGUUGCAAAUGUGCGCAAAAUAUUCGAAUGUGGAAGGUUGCGGAACUUAUUCUAGGACUAUAGGCGAGAGAAGGAUUUACCGUAAUUAGUGCCACGCUUACUUAAAAAAAUUUGGUUCUAUCUUUUUUUUAAACGUAUGACUGAGCUUUGGAGGAAUAAAUUAACCGAUUGAAAUGACAAGCUAAGUAUUUCUUCUCUGACAUUUUAUAGGUAAUCUUAUUUCAUAAGAAUUUUUAUAUAAAAUGAGACAAAUCAUGACUACAUUGCUAGUGAGAGUUCCAUAUUCAAUAAGGUGUGAACAACCAAACUUUAAACAUUACUGGUGUAUAUUUGAGAGAGUUGUCGUGGCUCUAUUUAAAUUUUGUUUCCGGUUUGUGCAAUCACCGAGUGAAGAAUAUUAAAGUUGAUUUUAAUCGUUGAAGUAUCUACAUUUAAAUUUCUCUCGGGAUCCAAAACAAUAAAUCUUAUUAAAAAAAGAGGAAAAUUAACUUUUGGGAUAUGCGUAUGUUUCCUUCGCAGGUCUGAAUGCUUACUGCGUAAGAGCAGUAAGAGGCAAACGCAAAGUGCGACGCUGACGGUGGCAGCAUCAAGAAUGAUACGAAAGCAACAUACUUAGCAUACUGUUGCUAAGGCCUAGGAAUAGUAUCUUUAUGAAUGAUUCAAUAAUUAAUACUCCAUUAGCACUUCAACAAACUGGACAGCGAAGCCGAUAAAAGCGUCGAUUGCUUUUGUGUCGAAAAUAUUGCGUUGAGUAACUCAAAGCGUCUACCGUCUCUACCAUCGCCCUCUUUCUCAUUAGAAUAACAAGUGGAGACAGUGCUGAUUCCAAAUGUGAACCAUGAAUAAUUUUUUCUAAAGCUUUCCCUUUGGACCACAACAAAUUGUUAAAUAUCCUUUGCCAAAUAUCCUUUAAACCUUAACUCCGCCGAUUCAUGUCAUGCUAGGGGACAGUUUUUGUGACUGCCUGAGCUACUUAUAAUUUGAGCGCUCAUGUGAGGAUGGCACCAAGUUCAUUAAACGAGCUUAUGAGUUUUCAAUUUCUCAAAAGCCUCAUUCGCUAAUAACCUUAAAAAGUUUAUAUAGCUUUUCGAGCAAUUUUUCUUUGGCGUUGAUGUUGUUAAAUAUAUGUCUUUCAGUUUGUAUAUAGGUGGUGCCUUUGGUUUUUCGAAUAAUUGGAGCAAUUGCACUUUUAUCAGUUUUAGAUUUUGUAAAAAGAUUCGAGUGGUACUCUAAUUGCAGGAGAUUUAAAGUCAUUUCUAUAUGUUUAAGGAGGAGGACACGCAGUUUAGAAACUUUUUAAAGAGUUCUUGACUAUACAUUAAAAUAUUGACUUGAGAGGCAGCUUAUUAGCUUUUAUAGCUACAACAUGGUGUCAUUGUUUAAACUGACAGCAGUAUUGAUAAUGUUAUGGCUGACUUUUGUCAAAGCUGAGUAAAAAGUUUACCAAAAAAACUGUUAGAGUCGAAUCGAGGGUGGGGUUGUGGGUGUGGGGCUAUUGAUAUUGCCUUGAUUAAAAACCAAACUCUCAGGACAUGAUAACUUACAACGAAGAUUAUUGCCAUUAUUUGAACCAGCUGACGCAUGUCUUGGGGGCCACAGGGUUAACAAGCUUUGAUACUCAUAUCUGAGGGUUCUGAAGGUUAUUGUUCUAAUGCUUCUUCAACUUAUUUUUAUAUUUGCGUUUUGUCUUCUGGUGUAAAAAUUCUACUUCUACGAGAAAUACACUUUACCUCAGUUAUUCUUCUGACUAUGAAUCUUAUCUAAACAUUAUAUGAAAAAAGAAGACUCUCUUUAUCAACUCUCGUUUUGAUACACCUAGUUGUUUUAAUUUCAAUUGAAUUCCUGAUCACUUCAGGUAAUUUUAGAUCUAUCGAUCUGAUGACAGAGGAGCUCAAAUGCUAAUGAACUCCAAUUGCAACAAUCGAAUUAAACCAUUUGAAGCAUUCCUAGGAGGAAAUAUUUUGGGGAUGAAAUUCAAAGUUUUGACAGAAAGUGGAAAAAAGACUGUCUUAUUAUCGAGAAAUGCAAAUAAUUCAUUGUCAUACUUGUCAUUUUCGCUUUGGCUUUGAACAAAUAUUUUACCUGCUGGACUACAGUCGGAGCCCGCGUCAUCAUAUUUUGGGAUUUUUAAAGUGUCAUCGCGAGAGAACUGUCGAUAAAUAAUAUUUGCUAUUUUAGAUAAGCACUAAAGGAGUGAUAACAAUAAUAAGUCAGAAGGAAACCAAAUUAGCAAAGUGAAUAUAGGGAGCAAGUUUCUAAAGAAACUGUGGUGAUGCAUUGGUGGGGGGGAGGGGGGUAUUAUUAGAUAAUUUGCUUUUAUCAGCUGAAUGAUUAUGUAGGCUCUAAAGCUGACAUUUCAAGCGUUAGCCAUUCGUAAAAGCGAAUGGAUUGCUCAGGCUGACUCGCAUUGGAAAUGAGAAACUUGAAAAUUGUUGGCAAAAUUUGUUGAAGUACACGCUUCGUGAGGGCAAUUGUGUCAAGACUAUGCCAUAACACAAGGUCAACAAGGCAAAGAAGAGGGUACAUAGUUUCAUCUUUUUUGCAAGCAAUUUCCUUCAAAAUUUAAAAGCGUGGAUUUCCCCUAGAUAUGCAUACACUGCCACCAUGGUUCCUUCCUGAAAGUCAUUCCUGUUAUGCGUAGACUUGUCAGUGAAGAAUUAAGUGCAUUGCAUAGUUAUGGUAAUGACUGUUUGAUAAAUAAUGCUUUUUUCAAUAGUUUGGAAUGUUUUUUUUCUUUUCAAUAGCUUGCUUGCAAGAUAUUUAAUCAGUCAUUUUGGUGGCAUGUCAUCGUCCAACAUGGCAUAACAUAAUGAAUGGAGUUUAAAAGUUGUCAUGACAAUAGAAGGAAUGCAAUCAUUAUGCUAUUGUCUUCGGUUUCAAAAACAAUGUUCAGGAUUGCCGGAAACUAUUCUUAAUUAUACCUUAUAUAGAUUGGAGAAUAUGAGUUAUAUAUAUAAAUGCCUUUGGGAAAACCAAGAUCUUUUUUAAAAGGACUUGUCCGUCGGACAUGAAUACUGUCAUAUGCAUUUAUUGACUUAACAGUUAUUGCGUGCACAACAUUGUAAUUGUUUUUCAAAAGUUUCCAGCCUUGUGAAAAGAUGAACUCUCUCUGUUUUCUGUGAUUGGGAUAUUGAAGACUUUUCAUUUCGAUCUACUCUUUUUACCGGCAACUCUGGCUGAGAUACUGAUAAGUUUUUUGAAGACCGGUAUAGCAUCUUCAAAUUAACAUUCCGUCUCGAAAGCAUCUAUUUCACCUGCUGAAAUUUAGAAGGGCUCUUUCGGUUUAAUGUAAAGACAAAUUAAUUAGCAUAAGCUGUGAGAGCUGCAGUGUACUGCCAAAGGUGAAAUUUUGAGCCCUCCGGCCGUAAACCAGUAUCUAUAAGGAUGAAUUAUUCGACAUAUUUCAAGAUUACAGCCACAACUUUCUCUUUUACCCUUUCUAUUUUGUCCGGAAUCAUAUUGACAUCGGUUUUCGCUUGUUCUGGUGAGUUUGAAUCUAAAUGUCGCGAUAAAUUGCUGUAGUCGGUGUUUUCCUAGUUUUCAUUUAUUUUUUUAUUGUUAAAUAAUCUAAACCUUGUUCAACUAAAAAAACUGGAAAAAUAUCACCGCCAAGUUUUUUAACACUACAAUUCUGGAUGGUUGGCGACGGGUUUCUAAUUGCGUGAACCUCUCGGUUGUUUUUAACCGAAGACAUUGUCGGUCAAAAUUUGCUUCCCGUUGUCUCUAAACCAGGAUGCAAACUUCAGGACAAAAUUGUCUUAACAGAGCAUGCUUUAGUGAAUUAGUCUAUUAUUGCUUUGAAGGUCAAUUUAAAAUAUUUCGAAUUAAGACUGCAGAAAGCGGAGAAGUGCCCCUCAGUGCCCCAACUGCUGACAACCACUAAAAUUAAUCCACAAAGUUCAACAGAUGGGUGUAGAAAACGUGUGAUUAAAAAUUUUUUAAUCCUGCAAAGACCAAGCAAAUUCGUUAGAAAGGGUUUAUGAAAACGCAAAAGUUCUAAGGUAGACGAGAAGAUGAAGGUAUCGCGUGGAAUUAUUUAAAAAUUUGUCUCCAUUCGGUUGGUAGAAUCCUCUUCAGUGCUACGACUUUCUUUCAAGUGGAACCUUUAGAUCAGGAAAAAAGAGCUUUCUAAUUUUAGCACUGACGAGUUGUCAACAAAAUUAUCUAUGUCUGCUUAGCCGGUGAAAGGUUAGUUAAGCUGAUUGUGAAUUAGUUUUCAUACUACAUUAAAAAAAAGCUUGUAACAUUCGAUUUGAUGGUAGAUUUAAAAAUGAAAAUCACAAGGAACCAAUGGUAUAAAUGACAAAUCUACUAUCAAUUUGAACGUGCACUUGUAUGAUUAACAGGCGACAAGUGCCGCUUCAUCAUGUUCGAGGAACCGAAACCACACAGGGCAAUAAAGGGGCACAUGAUUAGAAGUGAAGAGGUAGUUAAUGAGGGGUUCUGCCGGACGAUGUGCUAUAUGGAGCCUAAUUGUGUCUCCAUCAAUGUGAAACCUUUACAAGGAGGAAAAUACAAUUGCGAAUUGAAUAACGCCACAGCUGAUGAAAGGCAACUGGUCUUCCUUGAGCCGGAAACUUUUAAUGCAUACUACUUGGCUGUUGAGGUCAGUAAACUUUUCAUAGUUCCAUAUAUAGCCUUUUCACGCCUCAAUAGUAUCUUUAAUUCGAAUCAAUUUGAUGCUUUCGUUUAAAAAGCAAGGGCGAAACAACUAAUUAAACGUUGGAGGAUAGCUUAGAAAGGAAGAGACCAAGCUAAAAGUGAGAAUGCAGCACUGAACAAUGUAGCAUGAAAACAGCAAGAGGCAGGAAGGCUUACAGUCUAUCAAGUGCACAUCCGAAUGUUUGCAAACUGACCGAUGUCAUAAACUGUUGUCCACGGUUGAUUUAUUUUCUUUGUCUUUCGUUUCAAGUUUUUCUCUGUUAUGUCGGGCGUCGUUGACUUAAUUUUUGACGGUGUUUUACGCAGUAUAUGUUCAGCUUUCGCGGUCCUUGUGGUAAAUGUUGUGUCAUGUCUUUAAAAUUAUCCUUCAGUUACUAUCUCUUUCGUUUUCAGCAGAAUCCAUGCAGUAGCAGCCCUUGUUUAAAUGACGGAACUUGUCAAGUUGGUUUCACUAGUAAAGGCUUUCGCUGCCUCUGUGUUCCUGGGUAUGCCGGAGCAAAUUGCAGUGGUACUGUAAAAUCCUCUUAGAGAUACACUUGUCAUGAAUUAACUAGCACACUUUACUUACCCAAAAAAUACUGCCAGUAAUCUGCAGGAACCAUAAGGUUCAACCGGUUACUUCUCCCAAACUUCUAAACCCAAUAUAGUUUUUAAUUUAUUUUAGGCGUAAGAUUAUGGCAAAACGGAAGGGAUUUUAUUCAGGAGAUUGUUGGCUUUAAAGGUUUUCUUUACACUCUAAUCACGUUACUUUUUAUAUCAAUUUUGAUGGAAAAGAUAAUUAUCAAAACAACAUUGCUGUAAUUCAUCGUAAGGCUCCCUUUGGCAAGUCUUUCAGAACUUUUAAUUAAACAUUUAUCUUUCUUUAUCACCACAGUGCCACCAAAGUCCUGCAGCCAUUUAAAAAAGCUCCAUCGUGAAGCAAAAAGUGGACUAUACAUGAUUGAUCCAGACAGUGAAGGUGAAUUGCUGCCUUAUAAGGUCAUGUGUAACAUGACUGGCAAAAACGGAGUUGGUGUGACUGUCAUAAGUCACGACAGCGAAAACAGAACACUGGUGAAAGGAUGCGAAAAUGCAGGCUGUUACUCGCGCAACAUUAUCUAUACAGGAGCGAGCCUCUUUCAGCUUAAAAGUCUGACUGCUGUUUCCCUUCACUGCGAGCAGUUCGUUAAGUACGAGUGCUACCACUCCAGAAUGAAGGGGUUCGCCUGGUGGUUGUCACGUGAUUCGAAGAAAAUGACCUACUGGGGAGGUGCAAAACCGCGUGGUAAUAGAUUAAGGUGCGCAUGCAGGAUGAAAAAGACAUGUACAAGAGCAGGGUAUCGUUGCAACUGUGAUGCGAAUGAUCGACAAUGGCGUGAAGACAGUGGUAUCCUCUCUGACAAGACCGAUCUGCCAGUCAAGCAGCUAAGGUUUGGCGAUGCACGUCAAAAUUACGAGCGUGGCUACCAUACCUUAGGAAAGCUGAAGUGCUAUGGAACUGCUUAA